AUAUCCAGCCAAAUAGUAUCAAAAAUGUCUCGUCUUACUGAAUAUCAAGUUAUCGGUCGUCGUUUACCAACGGAAUCAGUUCCAGAACCCAAAUUAUACCGUAUGCGUAUUUUUGCACCAAAUAUUGUUGUUGCCAAAUCUCGUUUCUGGUAUUUCUUACAAAAAUUACACAAAGUUAAAAAGGCCUCUGGUGAAAUUGUUGCAGUUAACGUUAUCUCUGAAGUUCACCCAACCAAAGUCAAGACCUUUGGUAUUUGGAUUCGUUAUGAUUCCAGAUCCGGUACUCACAACAUGUAUAAAGAAUAUAGAGAUGUUACUAGAGUUGGUGCUGUUGAAAUCAUGUAUCAAGAUUUAGCUGCCAGACACAGAGCUAGAUUUAGAUCAAUUCAUAUUUUGAAGGUUGUUGAAUUAGAAAAAACUGAUGAUGUCAAGAGAAACUACGUUAAACAAUUUUUACAUCCUCAUCUUAAAUUUCCAUUGCCUCACAGAGUUCCUAAGUCCACCAAUACUUUUUCAUAUAAAAGAGCUUCUACAUUCUAUUAGAAAUGUGAUUAAGUUGAUUAUGCUGAAUAAGUUUGAUUUGAUUUGAUUUGAUAUAGUAUAAUUUAAUUUAAUUUAAUUUAAUACAAUGUAAUGUUUUAUUAAUAAUUGUCAGUGCAAAGCGAUGAUUUUGUGUAUUUUAAAAGUGAAAUUUAAAUUGCGAAAUCCACAACCAUCGAUGAUUUUCAUAAUCAUGUAUAAUUUCCAUAAUCGAAUUUCCAUAUUCAUAUAUAGUUAUAAGAUAAUAAAACGGACGGGUAAGUGAGAUUGGGU